UAUUCUUAUUUCUUAAAUGUCUUAGAACUCUUAUGCAGUCGAUAGUCGUUUAUUUAAAUGUCAAAAUUUUUGGUUAGUAAUUUACAUCUAUAAAAAAUAAUAAUUUAAAAUGAAAAAUAUUGAAGAAGAAAUAUUGUAUUUGGUUGAGCUCAAUGUAUAUGAUUUAGAAUUAACUGGAGACAAAAUUCACGAGGCGACAAACAAAGAUUUUUUGGUAAAAAUAAGAUUUCUGUCAUUGCCGGUAUUUGUGGUGUCACAGAAUGACUUUGAGUCUAUUUUAAAUCCAAAUGAACCGAGUGGUAGUAAAGAACGAGAGCAAGAAGAAAAAAAAAUACGUGGUACUGAAGAUGGGAAUACGGUAUUUAUAUAUGAAUCCGGUAAAUCAUGUGUCUUUGGUAAACGUCCGCGUGAUCUUUUACAUGAAAUGCAAACGACACCGCUGAGAAUCGGUAUAUUCUGUAAUUGUGACACGUAUCCGAUUGCCGAGACGACUAUACAAUUUACCGGUUGUAUAUGCGAUCAAGUCGCAAUGGCUAUGAAUGAUAGUAACCAUAUGCCUAAACCUUAUGUGCUGUCAAGUACUUGGGAUCUUUUAGAUCCAGGUGGUAAUCCAGCUGGUAAAAUAAAACUUGAUUUUAAAAUUACUUGUAAAGGUAAAUUUAUAGUUACAAAUUAUCAGUUAAAAGAAAAGUCUUAUGAUCCACCGGCGGCUGUGUCUCAACCGGAUGGAGAGGAAGGUCAGACAGUUGAUCCUGAAAGUCCGGAAAAUCAACAAGUCGAAGCUAAAGCCUCUCGCAAAAGUAAAAAAGGAAAAAAAAAGAAGAAGAAGAAGAAGAAGAAAUAA